AUGGAGGAGGCAGGGGGGUCCCCGGCCCGGGCCGAGACCCAAGUGGUCAAUGCUACACUGUGGUGGCAGCGGCCCCCUGCCCCGGAAGAGGUCAGACACCGUUUCCACAAGGUGUCCCUGGUGUCAGGGGCCAGGAAGGAAGCCUCCCCGGAGGAGAUGUUUGAGUGUAGCCUCCGCCGAGAGGAAGUGAAUGGCUUUGCUACGCGGGAAGAAGAGAGCGUGACCGAGCAAGGCCCUCGGGAGGCAGCCGGCCCCAGGAACUUCCAGAGCCAUGGGCCCAUCUUUUCCAGGCAGUACGUACCACCCCCCAAGGAGAAAAGGCUGGUGGGGCGGCCCAAGGAGGCUGUGGACCAGAGCGAUGGCCGCCUCCCAGCUCCCAGAACUGAGCCACCAGGCAUGGGGGCCAUAGCCAGGACUGAGUUCUUGGUGCCCCUGCCUGGGCCCCGGGAGCCGAGUCCCCACCCAGCUGUGGGGCUCCGGAACCUGCGGGUGACACGCACAGUACGGACCACCACCGUGGUGGGAGGGCAUGUGGACCGCCGGGUGAGCAGCUCUGUGACUGUGGGGCCGGCGCUGUCCAGCGAGGCUCUGCCAAGAGGCCGCAACGUGGCCCGUGCGAUUCGGGCGGUGGUGGUGAGCCCUGCGGCAGAUGGCGGCCCCAGCCGCAGCCAGGCCCUAGAGCUGCUCAGUAGCCUGGUGCCUGCGGAGCGCAGCCCACCUGCCAGUCGCCUCCCCAGACCCACAGCCAUCGUGCCAAGGAGUCCGGGCCUAGGUGGCGUAGGGAGGGCAGCCCUGGGACAGCUGCCUGAGACCGGGGUGGCCGAGCCACAGGACAACUCUGCCCUGGCCCCUGCAGGCAGCCCAGUGGCUACUCCUGCAUCUCAGAGCCAGGACGUGCCUGUAGCCUGCCCACGGCAAGAGCAGGCCAGAGCCCACGGUUCCAAGGCCUGUGAGCUCCCCAGGGGGCAGGAAACCUCCAGCCCCACUCAGCUCCCUGUGCAGACUUCUCCUGGCCACGCCCCAGUCCCCUCCUCUUCCGGGCUCCAGACGCAAAGCCCCUCCUUGGGCCUGGUCCACCCUCCAGAGCAGCCUGUGGUGCCCACUCCCCCCGGGGCCCAUCCCCCUCCCCAUGCUCUGCCCCCAGUCAAAAAGGAAGGGUUCAGCGAUGCCCCUGUGGCCACCGUCCUGCACACAGUGAAGAGCGAGGUUGUCAUUGUUCCUGGACCACCUCUUGCCCCAUCCUCGGCAGGAAGCAAGGCUGGGCCCGGCCCAGGACAUCUUUCUCCUCCAUCGUCCCCGCGGGAUGAGUUUGGUCAGGACGCCACACAGGUCCCUAUCUCCUCCCUCACUCGAAAGGAGCAGGCAGCUCAGGGCCCUGGGGCUCCCCUUGGCCCACCGCCCAGCCAGGAAGAGGUAGUGGAGGAUGCUCCUGGCACCCCACCCUCCAAACCAAGCAAGGUUGUCGGGGACCCAGAAGGCAGCUCCAGCCCACGAACGGAGGGGGUGCAGGGUGUUGCAAACAGCCUCGCCCCCUCCCUCACCAAAGAAGGGACCACCAUAGAGGGCUCAGCUGCCCUGGCCUCCCCUCCCCCGCAACAAGAUAAGCCUUGCCUGGGCUCUGAAAGGAGCCCCCUUGUGUCUCCCACCCAGACAGAGGUUGCUCAGGACUCUGGUGCUUCUGCUGUCCCGUUUCCCACCCAGACAGAGGUUGUCCAGGACCCUGCUGGUCCCCUUGCCCCAUCCUCCUCAGUGGACCAGGUAGCCCCCGGCCCAGGAAGUACCCCCAGUCCAGUGCCAGCGGUAGCAGAGGCUAGCGUGGAGUCCCAGUGUGUCCCUGACUCCACCGAGGGCAAGAUGCUCCCAGAGCCAUCAAGGGAGGAGGAUGAGUUGGCCUUGGCCGCAGACCUGGAGAUUUUCCUGGACACCCUGCGGAGCAUGGAGCCCCCUGAGAUCCUCCGCACUCACCGGCUGCCACGAGCCCCCCGCGCCUCCUACCUGGCCAUGUAUGCCACACUCCCCGCCAUCGAGGAGGACCAGCCCGGGCCCUGGGUGCUGGGACCCAGCCCCCAGGAGGUGCCUGGCCUGGAGGAGAAGGAGCAGGAGAAGGACGCGGGAAAGGAGGAGGUAGAGGAGGAGGAGGAACCAGAGAACCCCUACCUGAGUGACGACGAGAAGCUCCAGCGCAGGCAGGAGAAAGCCAAGCCCGGCCCCUCCUGGGACCCGCGCCCUGCCAGGCCCAGCCAGGGCUCCUGCUCGCCUCUGGAGAUGAUGAAGAAGCACGUAGCAGGUGCCAAGGGCCCCCAGCCAGAGCUGGGGCCGGACGCUCAGGCUGGCAGCAGGCGCACUUCUCGGCUCGGAGGCAGCCUUAUCUUUGGCAGUCUGGUGCCUGCCACCAAGGAGACCCCGAACCUGGAACCACUGGGCACAAAGCUAUCCGCUCUGCCACCCCAUGGGGCACCAGGCAUCAGGAAGGUGCCAGGGCAGUUGCCUCUGCUGUGCUGUGAAAGUCCCUCGGCAGGGAAGACCACACGUGCCCGGCAGCCGGAGGGGUGGAGCCCAGCGCUGAAGACCCAGGGCAAGCUGAACACCCGGCCUGGGAAGGUCACCCUCUUCUCUGAGCCCGGCUGCCAGGGCAGCCGCAGGGAAGUCUGGGAAGACGUCGCAGAUGCUUCGGGCUGGGCCCCCGUGGCCUCCAUCAGGGUAGUGCGAGGCUGCUGGGUGCUGUACGAAGAGCCAGAGUUCCGGGGCCGGAAGCUGGUCCUGCCUGAAGGUGAUGUGGAACUCAGGGCCCCGGAGCCAGCCUGGAGCACCCAUGGCAUUGGCUCCCUUAGGAGGGUUGUCCAGGAUUACCGCACCCCAGAGAUCAGCCUCUUCCCCGAGGAGGGCUUCAAGGGGGAAAGCGUGAAGCUGGUGGAGGCCUUGAAGGAUCCCCAGGACCUGGAGAAGCCCCUGCAGGUGGCAUCUGCCAUCGUGUCCGCCGGACUGUGGCUGCUGUACCCCAAACCAUUCUUUGAAGAUACCCCGUACAUCCUGGAGCCUGGCGAGUACCCCACCAUGGAGGCCUGGGGUGCAUCGGACCCCAGUGUGGGCUCCCUGAAGCCCGUGAGAUUGGGCUGCCCAAGCGUGGAGAAGCCAGGAGAACCAAGGGCUGUGGUGUACGAGGCUCCGGGUUUUCAGGGCCGGAGCUGGGAAGUGAGCAGAGACAUCUACGACCUCCAGCAGCCAGAGGACAGCCAGAGCCCCCAGCUGGCCUCUGUGGGGUCCCUGCGCAUUCUUGGAGGCUGCUGGGUGGGCUAUGAGAAAGAGGGCUUCCGGGGACACCAGUACCUGCUGGAGGAGGGGGAAUACGCAGACUGGUCACACUGGGGAGGCUAUGACGAGCUGCUGACCUCGCUGCGGGUGAUCCGAACGGACUUCGGGGACCCGGCCGUGGUGCUGUUUGAGGCCAUGGACUUCGAGGGGCACGGCGUGGAGGUGAGCACGGCGUGGCCGGACGUGGAGCUAGUGCAACACGGCCCCCGCACUCAGGCCAUCCACGUGCUCAGCGGCGUGUGGGUGGCCUAUGAGGCGGUGGGCUUCUCUGGCGAGCAGUACGUGCUGGAGAAGGGCGUGUACCGCAACUGCGACGACUGGGGCGCGGGCAACAGCGCCCUCGCCUCGCUGCAGCCGGUGCUGCAGGUCGGGGAGCACGACUUGCACUUUGUCUCCAAGAUCCAGCUCUUCUCCGGCCCCGGCUUCCUGGGCGACCACAUCUCUUUCGAGGAGGACCAGGCCCGUCUGCCUGCCUCCUUCCAGCCACAGUCCUGCCGUGUCCUCGGCGGCAGCUGGAUCCUGUUUGGUGAGGAGGACUUCCAGGGGGAGCAGCACGUGCUCUCCGAGGGUGAGUUCCCCACUCUCACGGCCAUGGGCUGCCUGACAUCCACGGUGCUGGGCUCCCUCCGGAAGGUGCCCCUGCACUUUUCAGAGCCCUCCGUGUUCCUGUACGGGCUGGAGUGCUUCGAGGGCAAAGAGAUGGAGCUCACCCGGGAGGUGCGGAGCCUGCAAGCCGAGGGCUUCAACAACCACGUGCUGUCCGUGCGCGUCCAGGGGGGCGUCUGGGUACUAUGUGAGCACAGCGACUUCCGGGGCCGCCAGUGGCUGGUGGGCAGCUGCGAGAUCACCAACUGGCUGACCUACAGCGGCACCCAGAGGGUGGGAUCACUCUACCCCAUCAAGCAGCGCCGGGUCUACUUCCGCCUCUGGAACGCGGCACUGGAGGGGGUCCUGGCAGUGCCAGACCACGUGGAGGACAUGAAGGCGGGCCGCGUGGUGGUCUCCGAUCCCCGAGCUGGAGGCAGCUGCGUCUGGUACUACGAGGAUGGGCUGCUGAAGAACCAGGUGGCCCCCACCAUGAGCCUGCAGGUGAUCGGGCCUCCCAGCCCCGGCUCCAAGGUGGUGCUCUGGGCUGAGAGCCGCCUACCACGCCAGACGUGGAGCAUCAAUGACUUGGGCCACAUCUGCAGCCAGAUGUUUGAGGGCCGGAUCCUGGAUGUGAAAGGUGGCCGGGGUUACGACCGGGACCACGUGGUGCUGUGGGAGCCAGCCAAGGACAGGGCCUCCCAGAUCUGGACGGUGCAUGUGCUUUGAAGCUCCCUCCGCCCCUAGCCCGGGGGUUUCUGCUGGGAUGAAAUGUUUUUAUAGAACUUUUGU